GGGGGGGGCGCGUCGGUAUUUCUUCCACUUGUAAUCUGUGAAACUCUUAAAUUCCAGUGCAAGUUCAAGUCGUGGAGGAAGAGCAAGUCAUCUGAAGAGCAAAAAAGAGAAAUCGGGUCUUGACGUUUCACUCGAGCGGCAAGAACAGCGCAGUUGUUAAAUCGCAACUAACAGCGUACAAAAAACUUCAGACGCAAGGAAAAGAUGUCGGCGGAAACGAUGCCCAGCAGAGACAGCUCCAUGGUGGGCCGCUUUCACUCCGUCGCCGUGGGUAACGGGCAGGGUCCCACGAGCAGAGUAUCCCCGAGCAAAGAGCGGCCCCAGAGUGGGGGGUGCCGCCGCUGGCUCCAAUGGGUGUCUCCCUGCUGCUACCGCAACCAGAGCGGCUCCCUGGACCUGACCGACGAACUGCCCCCAGAGCCCGUGAAGGAAGUUGACAAGCCCUACAAGCCUCACACCGAGGCCAGCGAGCUAGAGGAGCUCGCACUGAUAGUGCGCUCAGUGGACCUCCUGCAGUCCAAAACGGAUCAGAACCGGCGCGAUCAUCACACCGACCUUUACCACAAUGAUGACCUCAUAGUGCGGCGGGGCCAGACCUUUCAGAUCGCCCUCGAACUUUCUCGCCCGUUCAACCCCAACACUGACAAACUCCGUCUGGAGCUGACGACUGGACGCAACCCGGUAGUGGCGAAGGGCACGCACGUCAUCGUCCCAUUGGUGGAGGACCUGGACGGUGGCCGAUGGGAGGCGAAAAUCGUGGAGCAGAGCAGCUCCAGGGUCCUGCUGUCCGUCAACUCGUCGGCCAAAGCCGCAAUCGGCCGCUACCAGCUCACGGUGGCCACGCAGUGCCCACAGGGCACGUCCACGCACGAGCCGGGCAGUGACAUCUACAUGCUGUUCAACCCCUGGUGUCAAGACGACACUGUGUACAUGGACGAUGACAGUGAGAGGACAGAAUACGUCCUGAGGGACACAGGAAGGAUCUAUUAUGGCACGGAGAAUCAGAUUGGGGCGCGGACAUGGAACUUCGGGCAGUUCAGUGAAGGAAUUCUACAGGCGUGUCUCUUCCUUCUGGACAAGAGUGAAACGCCGUCAGCCGGCCGCGGAGACCCUGUCAAUGUAGUGAGGGUCAUAUCAGCCAUGAUCAAUUCCCUUGAUGACCGUGGGGUCCUUGAGGGAAAUUGGUCGGGGAACUACGUGGGCGGGACUUCCCCUUCAGCGUGGAGCGGCAGCGUGGACAUCCUGAGGAAGUACCACUCUGAGAACGGAACGCCCGUCAAGUACGGACAGUGCUGGGUCUUCUCAGGGGUCACCACCACAGGUGAAAUGACCUUUAAUGCUUUUGUCUUAGCAAAAAGGUUUCAUCAGUUUUCAAGUUUUAUUGUCACAUGUGUUCCAUGGAUCACAAUGAAACUCUUUUGCUUAUAG